AUGGCUUCAGGAACCGCCGACCUCUCGACACAUAGUGGUAUGCAGGGAUCAUCGGCCUCUACGAAUAUGAGUAGCCGCAGUCCAGAAGAAAUCCACGAACGCGAAAAGCAGACGGUAUCGUCAGUCCGACCGCCGACACAGCGACAGCUCAAUCCGUUCGUCAUCACCGAGCGACCGGAGGAGAAGCAGCUAGGAUUCUCGGCCCGCCAGCUGAGUGUUCGAGACUUCGUACUGUUGAAGACCCUCGGUACCGGUACUUUUGCCCGAGUAUGGCUGGCGAAAUUGCGGGAUGAAAGAGCCAAACCGGACAAGGUUUAUGCGCUGAAGAUUUUGAGAAAGGCAGAUGUGAUCAAACUCAAGCAAGUCGAGCAUGUUCGCAAUGAACGGAGAACCCUUUCGGAUGUGUCCGGCCAUCCUUUUAUAACAACCCUGAUAACUUCCUUCUCUGACAGUCAAAGUCUGUAUAUGCUGCUGGACUACUGUCCCGGAGGCGAGAUCUUCAGUUACCUGCGCCGCGCGCGACGGUUCAGCGAAACCACCUCGAGAUUCUAUGCAGCCGAAAUUACAAUGACGAUUGAAUUCCUCCACGAUGCCGAGGGCGUGGUUUAUCGAGAUAUGAAGCCAGAGAAUAUCCUCCUCGAUGCGGACGGGCACAUCAAGCUCGUUGAUUUUGGUUUCGCAAAGCAGAUCGGCGAUCGCGAAACUUAUACUCUCUGUGGUACUCCGGAGUAUCUGGCGCCGGAGGUGAUACAUAACAGUGGACAUGGCCUUGCCGUGGAUUGGUGGGCUUUGGGAAUCUUGAUAUACGAGUUUCUCGUUGGACAGCCCCCUUUUUGGGACCAGAAUCCCAUGCGAAUCUACGAACAGAUUGUCGAAGGUCGCAUACGCUUUCCUCAAAAUAUGUCACCCGCGGCACAGAACAUAAUCUCGUUACUAUGUAAGACGAAUCCGGCUGAGCGUCUCGGGCACAUAUCAGGCGGGUCAGCGAGGGUCAGGAACCAUCCAUUCUUUGCGGAUAUCAACUGGGACGAUCUGUAUUACCGCCGCGUCAAAGGUCCUAUCAUCCCUCGUGUCGACCAUCCCGCAGAUACCGGGAAUUUUGAAGAAUAUCCCGACCCUGAUCCGAAGAACCAAAGCAUAUAUUCUGAUGAUAUGCGGUCAAAGUACGAGGCACUGUUUAGUGAUUUCUAG